AUGUUAAAUGGAAUUAUUUACAAAACAACUCAAAUAGAAGAAUUCACAACAGAAAAUAUUUUUGUUAACCACAAUCCUGCUUAUUUGACCAUUUUGGAUGUUACUAAUUAUGGAUAUGUUCAUGUAGAUGGUCAAAGUUUUGAAGAAUUCGAUAAUAUUGUAAAAGUUGUAGCUAAUCAUAAUCAACUAAAUCUUAAAACUAUGCAAACAUUCAAGUCAUUAGAAUCUUUAAGUUUGCGCAAUAAUGAACUAAAAUCAGUUGAGCCUAUUUCUGAUUUAUUGAUUCAUUUGGAUGUUUCGAAUAAUUUUUUAAAACCUGAAGACCUAACUAUACUUUCCAAAUCUAAAUUACAAUCUUUGGAAGUCAGAUCAAAUAGAUUAUGCACCAUUCCUGAAAAUAUAAAGGAAGAUUCUUCAUUUUUAUCACUUUGUCAACUUGAUUUAAGUGAUAAUAACAUAAUUAAUUCUAGGUCAAUAUACCUUCUGUCAACUUUACAUAACUUAAAACAAUUGUUGUUAAGUAACAACGGUAUAAAAUUAAUUCCAUACAUAGUCACAAAAGAUCCUCAAGAAAGUUUUUCUGACUCUUCAGACAAUAUUAAAGAUUUUAAAGACAGCAAAAUAUGUAGAGAAGAAGAUUUUUAUAUAAAUAAUAACCAAGAAAAUUUACAUGAUGUUAUUUACUACGCGUUGCAUAUACCAUUUGUGAGCUUAGUCAAUUUAGAUUUAUCUGGUAACCUGAUCAAUAAUAGUCUGUCAUUAUUGUCUUUAUUGUGUUGGCCGGCUAUAAAGAAAAUAGAACUAAUAGCCAAUCCAGUCACUUCAAAGAAAAAUGUGAAGUUUGAAUUGUUAAAAGAUAUAUUUAGAUCGUACAACAUAGAUGUGGACUAG